AUUCCAGUUGCAUAGUUUUCGCUUCAAGUUUCAAGUUUUGUAAUUUUAAACAAAAUGUUUGUUCUCUUUCUAGUUUUCCUUUUAGUGUUCCAUGUUCAUGCUCAAAAUUUGAAAACAUGCAGUGCAGCUAAUAGGAUACAAAUUCAAGAAAUCAGCCAGCUAACUUUAAAUGCAGGAAAAUAUGCAACUGUUAAUGUUACUAUUGCAGCGGAUAAUGUUACUCCAGAUUUGGACUUGGUGUUGGAAACGAAGUUUUGCUAUUUGGUUCCAUGCUCAUAUAAACUGGCAUGCGCUGAGUUUAGUGAGGUAGGCCUUCCAUGUCAACUUUUAUCUGGCAAUGUGUUUAAAUUAACAAAAUCACUACAAGUUCCAUCAGUUGCUUCGUUUUUCAAAGGAACUUACAAAGUUAAAGCAAAGUUUUCUAAGAAUGGCGAAGAUUACGGUUGUUUUGAGUUCACUAUUCAUAUAAAAUAAAACAUCAAUGCAAAAAAAAGUUACAAAAUCAUAUAGAAUAGAAAAAUAAUAUUUCUUA